CCGAAGGGGAAGUCACUUGAGGCGCCGGGGAAGCUUCGGAGGAGGCGACGCCAUCGCGGCCCAGCCCAGCUCGGUGCCCACGGGCCCGUCGCACCAUGACGCUGCCCUCUGUGUACCAGCACAAGUUCGCCGAGAAGCUGACGAUCCUCAAUGACCGUGGCCAGGGCGUCCUCAUCCGCAUGUACAACAUCAAGAAGACGUGUGCGGGCACCCGCACCAAGCCCCCGUUCCUGCUGGAGAAGGCCAUGGAGCCGGCCCUCAAGUAUGUCAACAAGAAGUUCCCCAGCCUGGACGCACGCAGCAACACGCAACACCUGGGCCAGGUGCAUAAGGAGAAGGGCGAGAUCAUCCGUGUGCUCAGCACCUACUACCAGUCCUUCGUGGAUGUCAUGGAGUUUCGGGACCACGUCUAUGAGCUGCUGAACACCAUUGAUGCCAGCCAGUGCUACUUCGACAUUCAUUUGAACUACGACUUCACCAAGAACUACCUGGAUCUGGUGGUGACCUACUCGGCACUUGUCUUGCUCCUGGCGCGCAUCGAGGACCGCAAGGUGCUCAUUGGCCUCUACAACUGUGCCCACGAGAUGUUGCACGGGACCAGUGACCCCAGCUUCGCCCGACUGGGCCAGAUGGUGCUGGAGUACGACCACCCACUCCGCAAGCUCAGCGAGGAGUUCGGGCCCCACAGCAAGGCGGUGACCAGCGCCCUGCUGUCACUGCACUUCCUCUUCGCGCGGCGAAACCAGGCGGCCGAGCAGUGGCGCAGUGACCAGCUGCUGAGUCUCAUCGGCCCCACGAGCAACUUGCUGGCGCCGGCUACCUCGGACACAAUGGCCUGUGAGUACCUGUCGCUGGAGGUGAUGGAGCGCUGGAUCCUAGUGGGGUUCCUGCUGUGCCACGGGGCGCUGAGCACCGUGCCCCAGUGCCUGGAGCUGUGGAAGCUGGCGCUGCGUGGGUCCCUCUACGUGCCCCUGGUGCGCGACGAGGUGCUGCAGAUCCACAAGGUCACCGAGGACUUCUUCAGCAGCCUCAAGGGCUACGGGAAGCGUGGGGCUGAUAUCAAGGAGUGCAAGGAGCAUGCGGCGAUCCACAGUGGGCAGCUGCACAGGAACCGCCGAGCCUUCCUGCGCGGGGCCGUGCGGGAGCUGGAGGCACUGCUGGCUGACCAGCCUGGGCUGCUGGGCCCCAAGGCACUGUACGUCUUCAUGGCGCUGUCCUUCUGCCGUGAUGAGGUGAGCUGGCUGGUGCGUCACGCCGAGCAUGUCACCAAGACCAAGACCCCUGAGGACUACUCGGACAACUACCUGGCCGAGCUGCUGUUCCUGAUGGAGCAGCUCCGUGGCCUGGCCCAGAGGCACGCGACCGUGAUCCAGCGCUACCACGUGCAGUACCUGGCCCGCUUUGACGCCCUCGUCCUCAGCGACGUCAUCCAGAACUUGUCCGUGUGCCCCGAGGAGGAGUCCAUCAUCAUGUCGGCCUUUGUCCGGGCGCUCUCGUCCCUCUCCUUCAAACAAGUGGACAACAAGGAGCCAUUCGACUUCUCAGGGCUUCGGCUGGACUGGUUUCGUCUGCAGGCCUACACGAGCGUGGCCAAGGCCCCCCUGCAGCUGCGCGAGGCCCCGGACCUUGGCCGCGUCAUGAACCUCAUUAUCUUCCACACGCACCUGCUGGACGGGCUAGGCGAGCUGCUGGCCGAGACCUCCGACCUCUCUGCCCUCUGCUUCUACGUGCGGUCCCUAGAGCGGCUCUUUGGGCAGGCACUGGAGGAGCCAGCUGUGCUGCGCUACACCAUCGCCUUCCCCCUGACCUGCGCCCGCUUUGACCGCGCCACCCACCCCAUGUGCCCGGAAGAGUACCCACACCUGCAGGUUGGUGCCAUGGGGCUCUGCCGUGGCUUCCUGGAGCAGCUUGCUCGUCAGGCCAGCGUCUGCAUCAUGGACACGUGCGCCGAGCAGUGCAAGCUCAGCGAGCAGCUGCUGCCCAAGCACUGCGCCGCCACCAUCAGCAAGGCCCGCAACAAGAAGGCCCAUAAGCAGCCAGCGCGGAAGGGGGAGCCCGAGCGGGAUAAGCCGGGGGCUGAGAGCCAGCGCAAGGACCGCAGCCUGGUCACCAACCUGGACAAGCUGCAUGUGGUGCUGACAGAGUUGGCGCUGAGCCUGGCGCACGUGGGCAGCAUCACAGUCUUCGAGCACGUGCUGGCGCCGCCCGAGUUCCUGAGCAGCCAGCUGGAGGCUCGGCUCAGCCGGGCCAUCCUGGGGCUGGCGAGACACAGCUCGGCCACGCAGGAGGUGGCACGGCCCUCAGAGGUGCUGGCGGGGCUGCGGACCUACGAGGGCUUCCUGGUGGCGCUGGGCCCACGCCUGGGGCUGGAUGCCGGGCGCCUUGUGCGCUCUGUGCUGCUGCAGCAGACGCAGCCCCUGGACGCGCGCGGGGAGCAGACUCUCACCACCGUCUACACCAACUGGUACCUGGAGGCGCUGCUGCGCCAGGCCAGCAUGGGCACCAUUGUCCUGUCGCCGGCCAUGGAGGCCUUCAUGAGCCUGCCCCGGGAGGGCGAGGGGUCUUUCAGCGCCCAGGAGUUCUCCGACAUUACAGAGAUGCGGGCGCUGGCCGAGCUGCUGGGCCCCUACGGCAUGAAGUUCCUGAGUGACAACCUCAUGUGGCACGUCACCUCGCAGGUCGGGGAGCUGAAGAAGCUGGUGAACGAGAACAUGGACGUGCUAGUGCAAAUCCGCUCCAACUUCUACAACCCCGAGCAUAUGGCGGCGCUGACGCCCCGGCUGACCUCUGCCGACAAUGUGCUGAAGAGGAUGACGAUCAUCGGGGAGAUCCUGAGCUUCCGCGCCAUGGCCCAGCAGGGCCUACGGGAGGUCUUCUCCAGCCACUGCCCCUUCCUGAUGGGCCCCAUCGAGUGCCUCAAGGACGUUGUGACCCCUGACACCGACAUCAAGGUCACCCUGAGCAUCUUUGAGUUGGCCACGGCCGCUGGCCUCCCCUGCGACAUCGACCCGGCCCUGGUGGCUGCCUUGUCCAGCCUGAAGUCCGAUGGAUCAUCCCAGGAGGAGGACUACAAGGCCGCGUGCCUGCUCCUGGUCUUCAUAGCCGUGGCCCUGCCUCUCCUGGCCUCCCAGCCCGUUACCUAUAACAUCGAGAUGGACGCGUUCAGCAACAACAGCCACUGCCUGGCCAAAGCCAUCAUCCAGGUCUCGGCCGCCCUCUUCACCAUCUACAGCAAGAACAUUGAGGUCCACCUCAAGGAGUUUCUGCUGCUGGCGUCCAUGAGUCUCCUGCAGCUGGGGCAGGAACCUGACCGGCUGUACACCAAGAACCGCGAGGCCAUCUCCCUGCUCCUUCUCCGGAUUGUGGAGGAGUCAUCCUUCCUGACCGCAGACAUGCUGGAGACCUGCUUCCCCUACGUGCUGCUGCGCAACGCCUACCGCGAGGUGCACCGCGAGGCGCUGCUCAGCAAGGCGCCCACCCACUGACCUCCCCCCCACUCCCCGCCCCGUCCUGCACCCCCCGGGGCUGGUGCCAGGGCCAAACUGCCUGCAUCUGCAUGGCAGCAGGUUGGCCGCAUGGGGGAGUGGGUAGAGCCCAGACACCUGGGUUCUCUGCUCUGCUCCAGAAGGGCAGUGAGGGCUAUCAGGGCAGGUGUGAGGACUCCUGAGGUCUCUUCGAGGCGAGUGCAGGGGGUGGGUAGCAAGGACUUGGAGCUGGGACUCCUGGGUUCUGGCCUUGGGUCUGGGAAGAUCUCAGCCCCGGCCCAGCCUGGCUGUGCUGGCCCCGCUGGCCACAGGGUCCCCGGCUGCCACCAUGCUGCCCCUCACAGGCCACUGUCCCCUCUGCUUGUGCCCAGCCCAGAUUGGGACCCAGCACCAAGAUGCAGCAGCUCAGAGCUAAUAAAGGCAUUUGCUC